CUUCAAUUUAGUCUACGAUUGGCACUUCGAAAAAGAAGUUGUAUUCGCCGGGGUGUGAACUGCGCAUUCUUGGUGAACCAAGUAAAUUCGAAUCAGAAUUGUGCCAUUUUCUCUAAACACACACGCACACACUCGCACACAUACAAUCGCGUAUGUGCCAAUAAAAUGAAAAUGCAGUGAGAAAUCUGCACUUUUGAUGGCCAAUACAUACAGUUUAUAUAUAUUUUACCUGUGUAUCCGUACUUUUGAAAAUAUGUAGCAAUGAAAAUAUUCAUAUGUAUGCUUUAUGAUUGCAUAAACAAUUAGAAUCGAAAUGUGUAUAUACGCGUAAGGAUUUGCCGAAUUGCCAGUGCAAAAAAAAAAAGUGAGUUUUCCUCUUUCAUUAUCUGUGUAUGCAUUUCCUUCGGAAACUCAGGUAAAUACAUAUUAAUGUCGCUAUAUUAGCGACAUGUGUAUUUUACUUAAUUCGCGGACAUUAAAUAUUAGUGCAUGUGGUUUAAAAUGCAAUACGAAUUACUUAACAUAACUCAAGGAUUUUCAUAAAUAUGACGUUUAGUGAUAAAAGAUUAAUGUUAUUUGCGUGACCCAUACAUAUAAAUAUAUUAUAACUGAAAGAUACAAAUACAAGUAUAUUCACUACGGAUACGGAUAUAGGUGCAUGCAUAUUUUUAGAAAUAUACAUAUAUACGGAUAUGUACACACAUGCUUAUAAUAUGAAGUUCGUUGCAGAAGGAAAAUGUUUCGGGUAUAAAGUUUGACUGCCAAGUAUACGAUUUGUGGAAUAUCGAAUUUGGAAAUAAUGGAACCGAAAAGAUGGCAUUUGCAUUUAUCAUGUUUUUUGCUACUCCUUAGUUCAACGUUUUCUGAUGUCGGAAAAAUCACGUCUUCUCAAAAUCACUUUGGAAACACUAUACAAAGUCAAUUUAAUACCAAAAACAAUACUCGUGUUAUUGCACAAAAAGGAGGACUUGCUAUUUUACCCUGUGUGGUCAAAGUUAACUCUCCAGCUACGGUUUCUUGGAUACGUAGAAAGGAUUUCCAACUCCUGACAGUGGGUCUAUCAACCCACAGUAGUGACAAACGAUUUUUGGUGGAACAUACACGUCACAUGGGACACUGGUCCCUUAGAAUAAAAUCUGUUAGAGAGGAAGAUCGAGGAUUUUACGAAUGUCAAUUAUCAAUUUAUCCAACUCAGUCAAUAGUUAUAGAAUUAAAAAUUGUUGAAGCGGUAGCUGAAAUUUCAAGUGCCCCUGAACUCCAUAUUGAUGAGACUUCCACUUUACGUCUUGAGUGCAAACUAAAACGGGCUACGGAGAAUCCUGCGUUUGUAUUUUGGUAUCACGAUAGUAAAAUGAUCAAUUACGAUUCACAAGGCGGAUUCGUUGUGACUUCAAUUGGGCAAAGUAACUUACACGGUGGUCAGGUUUAUAGGUCUUCGCCAGGGAACAAAUCGCGCGUAACCAUGCCAAUGGAGUCCGCCAAUGGCGUCCAUAGCAACAUCCUUGGAAGCUCCGAUAACGUCAAAGCCCCUAAUAUGCCAUCCUCAACACCCUAUUUGCAACAACAUCAGUCCGCUUACCUUCUUAACCCCUCAGUUAGUGUGCUUACCGUGAAGCAAGUCAAUUUUCGGCAUGCUGGCAACUAUACAUGUGCACCAUCAAAUGCCCGUCCUGCCAGCAUUACUGUGCAUGUACUAAGGGGUGAGAAAACGGCGGCCAUGCAACAUGCUAAUCGUAGUAUUUUGGAUACUGAGAACAACGGCAAUGGGACUUUUGGGUUGAUCACUUUGGGUGGACUGAAUGGAACCUCUAGCGCCACUCUGACCGGAAGCCUUUUCUACUUCUCUGGCAUGUUCCUGCUUAUAACCGCGGUAGUAUUAGAUCGACUCUCAUUAGCAGUAACUCACAACGUAUUCUUAGCAUUUUUAGUAGCCCUAUUGCAUAGCUGAAACUUAUAAUUGACAGUGUUUAGAAUGGAGCAACUUCAAUCAUUCGAAAAUAACAAAAUGAUAUUUGUUUUAAAAUAGAAGAUGUAAAUAGAUCAUUGACAUACCAUAUUGAAAAUGUGUUAGCAUUGUAAGACAUUUACGUACUCUUAAGAUAAAAUUGUAAAUAGACUUCCAUUACAUGCAAUGUAUUGAAUUGAGAAAUAAGAUAAUUAAUUCAUGAACUUGUUACCACAAACUUAUAAGAUGAAUACUUAUGACAUAGGUCAUAAAAUAUUGAAUGAUUAAAAGUGGUACGCUAAAAUGUAUGCCUAGAUGUUCAUAUUUAUUGACUGGUACUGACAUUUUAAUGUUACAAACAAUGGAAUUAGCGUAAAAUAAUGACAAAGCCAUAAAGAUUUGUUACCUAAUAACUCGAAAAUUUGAUCGUCACCUUUAAAAUGUUAUUCUGCUCAGUGUUCGAUAUUUAGUAUAUAGAUUGAUUUAUGUAAGCACCUUUAGGAGUACGCUAAUUCAUAAACUGUAUGUACAACUGUAAAUAAAUAUUACUUUCGUGAGCGUUUACAAAGGCGCUGUCUUGAAUCCAAAUAGGCUGAAAGUGCCAGUUUCGUUUUGUUUACCUUAAAAUACGGAUUGCAAAACAACUUUUAAAUUUUGUUGCAAACAUUAAAACGUUUUAAA